GAAAGAGAACGAGGUCGUUCGUCGUAUCGUAAUCGGUCCGAUGUUAGCGCGCGACUUUUAACCCCCUCCACGUACAUAUCUUGACGAAGGUUAAUCACUCGGAGUCUCGGUGCAUUCCGAUGCAGCGUAUCGUUUCAGUUUUUGAUAUACAUCUCGCGGGGCUGGGCUGCGCAGUCGGUUAAAAGUGCAGCUGCGUAGUGCUGAGAGUAGCGUUGAAAAAGUUCCUCGAAUCGAAAGGGUCGUUAUCGGAGCUGCGGUGAUUUUUGGGGGAAAAAAAAUUUAGCGGAGAAAUCGCAGAGAGCUGCAGGGGUAGCUGGCUAUCCAUGAGACGAUGGAGAGGAAAAAGCGCGGUGGUGACGGGGGCGGCUUCCGGAAUCGGUUCGGCUAUUACGGACAUUUUUCUCGAAGAGGGAAUCAACGUCGCUGCAUUUGACAUCCAGUACGAUCGUCUCAGGGAGAAGGAAAUAGCGUUGACGAGUGCCGGGAAAACUCGGGGCAAACUUUUCCCGGUCAAGUGCGACUUGACGAACGAGAGCGAUAUAAUCGGGGGCUUUGAAUUUGCGAGGAAUAAUCUCAACGGGGUCGACAUCGUGGUGAACAAUGCCGGAAUCACUCACUACUCGAAAAUCAUCGAAAGCGAGACCGAAGUAUUCAGAAAAAUGCUGGACGUGAACGUUUUGGCGGUAGCUAUAUGCACGAGAGAAGCGGUUACCUCGAUGAGGGAGAGGGACGUCGAAGGUCACGUAUUCAUUAUCAACAGCCUCUUAGGCCACGAGAUUCCCGAGGGUGUUCUUCACAAGGGUUGGAAUUUGUACCCGAGUUGCAAACACGCUACGGUAGCUAUGGCUGACGUUGUUCGAAGGGAGUUGAUCGACGUUAAAACAAAAGUGCGAAUGACCAGCGUCAGCCCCGGACUGGUGAAAACUGAAAUAACGGCCAACACGCCGGAAUUGAAAGAUAUUUUCCAAAGAAUUCCAGCUUUGUUACCGACGGAUGUCGCUGACGCGGUUGCCUACGCCCUCGGCACUCGGCCGGAAGUCCAGAUCACAGAGUUGACGAUCAGGCGUACCGGAGAACCUUGACGAAUUUUGAGCAUCUCGUGUACCGAUCGUAAAG